AUGUCGCAAAUCGAAACGAGAUUGUUUAUUAACAACCAGUAUGUCCGCUCUCGCUCCGGGGCGACGUUGGCUGUCUGUAACCCGACAGAUGGCUCAACAAUUACCACCAACCUCCAAGUUGCCGGCGAAGAGGACGUCAGUGCUGCUGUUGCAGCAGCCAAUAUCGCAUUCCAGACUGGUCCUUGGAGAAGCUUCACCGGCCAACAGAGGGCAAAAUGUUUGUUCCGCCUAGCAGACCUCAUCGACGACGAUGCAGAGUCCCUUCUUCAAUUAGAGACCAUAGCUAUGGGGGUUCCCAAGGCUGGCAUGGAAUUUAUGAUGCCUCUAGUCACGAAGUACCUCCGUUAUUAUGCCAGCUAUGCAGUCAACAUUUCUGGGGAGUCGUAUCCGGCAGAGGAUGGUGUUUACAAGAUCGUGACUUAUGAGCCUUUGGGUGUUUGCGCUUCCCUAGCUUCGUUCAAUGCCACCUUUCUGUACGUGGCCUUGAAAUUGGGACCCGCACUCGCUGCUGGGAAUACGUGCAUCUUCAAAGCCUCCGAGAAAGCCCCUUUUGGUGCACUAGCACUUGGCCGGUUGGUCGGUAAGGCUGGCUUUCCACCGGGGGUUAUAAACUUCCUCUCGGGCUCGGUAGAGACAGGCAAACUACUAGCUUCCGAUAUGGGCAUCGCCCAUAUUAACUUCACGGGAUCGGUCACUGCUGGCCGCAGGGUCCAAGAAGCUGCGGCUAAAAGCAACCUCAAGCGGUGUGUCCUGGAAUUGGGCGGAAAGUCGCCAGCUAUAGUAUUCAAUGAUGCUCACAUUGCAACGGCAUUAUCCUGCUGCUCAUUCGGGUUUCUCGCUAAUACCGGCCAGGUUUGUGUUGCAACUUCCAGAGUCUAUGUCCAGGAGGACAUAGCUCCAGCUUUCAUAGAGGGUCUAAGACGCCAUUUCGAAGAGGCUCGGACCAGGGUUGGGGAUCCGACGUCUUCCUCCACAUUAUUCGGCCCUCUUGCGGAUAAGGACCAGAUGGAUCGGGUCUUAACUUAUAUUGAAGAUGGGAAAAGCCAAGCUGAUCUACUAUGUGGCGGUAAUCGCAUAGGUGACAAGGGUUGUUUUGUCGAGCCAACGAUUUUCUUAAAUCCAAGUCGAGGGAGCAAAGUGUAUACCGAGGAGAUAUUUGGCCCUGUCUUGGUGGUUAAAACAUUCCAGACCGAGGGGGAGGCAAUAUCUCUCGCCAAUGACACGCAAUUUGGCCUUUCGGCUUCCAUCUACACGCGAGAUAUCUCCAGGGCUCUCCGUGUGUCAGCACUUCUCAAAACAGGCACGGUUGGUGUUAACAAAAAUUUCUCCCCCGAGGUUGAGACUCCCUUCGGCGGAGUAAAAGCUAGUGGUUUAGGCCGAGAGUCCGGAAGAGCGGGACUGAUGGAAUACCUCGAGCCAAAAUCCAUCCACAUAAGCCUAUGA